AUGUCACAAACAUUUGACAAUGCCCUUGCCGUUUUUCAUGCUCACAAGGAUGUGUUACAGGAGCUCGCAGUGCAUGAACAUUUCAACAUUCCAAAGCUACAUCAAUUGUCUCACUAUGUACAGUCAAUUAAAUUAUUCAGAGCUGCAGACAGAUUCAACACUGAACUUCCCAAGUGCCUGCACAUCGACUUCACUAAAGAGGCUUACCAUGCAAGUAACAAGCACGACUAUGAGGAACAAAUGGUGUUACGGCUUCAACACCAGGAAUCAAUCUUCUGGAGAACCACUUACCUUGAAUGGGUGGCUUAUAAUUCUGACUCUGAUGACAAAAAUGAGGGCUUUGAUGUGGUGCCUGUUGUUUCACAGGAUAUCAUUCAUGUUCUGGCAAAGACUGCCCCUGAUCCUUGGCAAUCUGUUCAACAUCUUGAAACCAUGCAUGGUGCCAUCAAUUUUCUACCCACUCUCAAGUUAUUUUUACAGAAGCAUUUGCUGCACAGUCAUAUUGUGCCUGGUCCCCAAGAUUGGUUCGACAUUUUCCAUCAAGUCAUCAUCAUCCUUCCCCCCGACCCUCAUGUGUCUGAGCUGCCCAAGUGCCUGCAGCUCAGAGCGACACCUGAAACACUUCCUUCGUCUUCUGGAUGGAAGCCAGGUUCCCCAAAAUGA